UAAAUUUUUAUGAUAACUACCCUGUACUCGAUCUACGUACUCCUUGCCGUUGUUAUUCUCUUCCAAGACGAAUCUGAUGCAACAUUUGGAAAAUUACUAUCCAAUUUAAUUUUAUCAUCGACGUCAAUAUUUUGAUAAAUUUAUUUUGAAACAGCCGUCGUCAACUCGUCCCCCAAAAUAGUUUUGAAAUAUCAACCUCACGUUACCAAAUAGAUUUUGUCUAGGUAAUUUGUUAAUUUAGAAUCCAAAUUUUAUUCAAUUCGUCUAUAGUUUAAGAAAUCCACCGUCAAUUUCAAAAUGCCCAGAGGUAUGUAUUGACUUCCGUGUCAACCGGACAGCGACCAAUACGAUAUUCUUUUGUUCGAGCUGAUUUCAUAACAAAGUAAAUAUUAUUAAUGCAUAUAUUUUUGUAUUUUAUCAACUCAUCAGGUAAAUGGACUAAUCACAAAGGAAGGAGUCGCAGGUUUACGAAUCCUGACGAACUCGAAGAACAGAGAAAACGAGAAGAACAAGAAAAAUCGUUGAGAAGGAAUAAUAGAGGCGUAGAUGAAUCUUCGUCGGAAGAUGAAAAACUAGCCACUAAAGGGGAUAAGAGCAAUAACGAGGAUGAGACGGAAAGUGAAAGCGAAUCCGAUGAAGAUUCUGACGAUGUAUGUUUUAAUUUAAUAUUUUUUUUGUCACUUUUUCAUUUUGUCUAAUGAUUUGCAAUCGUUUUCCCAUUUGUUUUCCUUGUUAUGUAUUGGUCAUUGUAGUUAUUUUUAUGCUGUUCAAAAUAAAUUAAUAUAAUAACAUUUUUAUCAGAUCACGUAAGUGUACUAUGGAUAAUAGCCAUUAUUAUUAUUAUUAUUAUUCUACUACUGGAUUAAACAGUUAAAAUUCAUGCUUUGUCCAUUAUACAUUAUAUUGUUUGAUAAUAUACAUUUUGGUUGUGCAUGAUCAGCUAUGUACUAUUCAAUUAUCUGUAUGACUCGUGGCUAAUAUUUGAGAACCCAGUUUUAAUUAUUAUUAAACAGUGUUCUGAUUUUUAAUUUUUUUUUUAUUUUAGAAAAAGAAGGGUGUUGCUGGAUUGAUUGAAAUUGAGAAUCCAAAUAGGAGACAGUUAAAGUCAAAGAAAUUAGCUACACUUAAUGAAACAUUGAAUACUGCUGAACCAGCUCAAUUAUCUAGGCGCGAAAAGUUGAUAAAUUUAUUUUAUAUAUUUAAACAUAAAUAAUAUGUAUUUUCUAAUUUUUUAUUGUUGAUUAAUAUUCUCAGAGAAGAAUUAGAGAGAGAAAAGAAAAAACUGCAUUAUCAAAAAUUACAAGCUGAAGGUAAAACUGAAGAAGCCAGAGCAGAUUUGGCCCGAUUAGCAAUCAUAAAACAACAACGUGCAGAAGCUGCAAAAAAGAGAGAAGAGGAGAAAAAAGGUAAUAAUUUUUUUGUUUUUUUAUUUGUAUUAAUAUUACUUUAUUACAGUGGUCUUAAAAUUAUUAUAGUAUGUAGACCCCUGAUGAAAGACUUUUCAUUCCAUAGACUUGCAAAUUUUCUUUUAAACAAUUACAUUGUUUUUUUUUUACUUUUUGAACAUCUAUAAAUUGGAACCACUGAUAAUACCACAGACCCAUGGGCCAUAGUUUAAAAAAAUAUUACUCUGGUGAAGAAAAUAAUGUUACAGAUUAUUGUCAAAUUUACCUAUUACAUAUUUGUCUAUUUUUAUUAUAAUUUUUUUUUAUUUUCAUAGAAAAAGAAAUGGCCAAGAUUCAAAAGACAGCCGACACGCAAAAGGCUCUCGGAAAACAAUGAAAUUACAAUAUUAUUACAGACUGAUAUGUAAUAUAAGAGAAUUACAUUACUGUUACGUUCAAUUAUUAUAUGUUAGGACAGUCAAUUUCAAUGUGAAAAUAUAAUAAUAAAAAUAUAUGCUUAAAUAAUCUCAUUCAAUAGUUUCAUAAAUAUUUACGAUUUACUACCAUUUAUGUUUAAAGCCAGACAUUUGAAAAUUAUUAAAGUUUUAAUUUUAAUUUUCGUAAUAGUCAUGUUAUUAAGAAAAUAUUCACUAAAUUGGUUUAUAAAUAAUAUUGUAUAUACAAAACAAAGACAUUCUUACGCCUUUUCACAAAUUAAAAACCGCUUAAUCAAUAUUUUCAUUGUUCAAUCGCAUGUUUAAACAAAUUAUAUUAAUUUAUAAGUGUUGUAUUUUUUUUUUUUUUUUUUAAGUACCAUCUACAUUUAAUACUACCACAUUACUAACAAUUUGUGGAUCGGUAAUAAAUUUUAAUUAGUUACUGGUACCAUUUAACUUAUAUCAUUUAUAGAAGACUUACCCCCUCCUAUUAUUGCAAAAUAAUAAGAAGACUUAUUUUGUGCGACAGCAACAACAUAAAUGGCUACGAUAAUAAUGAUAACAUGUUCUGGACACCACACUGAUGGUUUAACAAGGAAAAAUAAUAAUUUGGAACGAAUGAUGAAGUCACUGUCUAUCCGAGAUGGUCUCAAAAUUUUAUGACCGAUUUGUAACCAGUGUUGUCCGUGAAACCAAACAAAUUUAAUCAUUUUGUAACCAAUUCCAAUUUCGAGGGGAAAUAGUCACUGGCUCCUCUCAACAAAUUGUGUUAUUUAAUGAAAAUCCAAUCUAUGAAAAUAAUUAUAGAUUUUGUCUUAUAUAUUCGAAUCCAUGGUUACAAUAUAAA